AUGCUUUUGGAUGAAGAUACUGCACUUUUUAAAUUCUGGAAGGAUAUUCAGAAUGUUGAAAUUGACAAAAAAAUAAUUUCUUUAACAGAAGGUGUUUACUUGUUGGGUAAAAUGGAACAAGGAUCAAAUAUUUUUGUUCGUCAAUGUUAUAUUGAUCUCUCCAUGAUAAUUUUUGACAGUGAUAAAUUGGAAAAAUUUUGUAUUACAGGAACUCCAGGAAUUGGAAAGACAUUUUUUGUUUACUACCUGCUUAUUCAAUUGAUAAAAAAGGGGAUGAGUGUAGUGUAUGAUCAAGUCAAUCAGAAACUUGAUGAUUCAUUAUUUCCAUCAUAUUCCCAGCAAUUGGUACUCUUUGCAUCAACAUAUAUAAGUGAAAAGGUUAUAAAUUGUUAUGAGGAGGAAAAAAGGGACCAGAUGUAUAGUUUUUUAUUAGCAAGCAAAGAUCAGAUGGGAUAUGAAACUUUGCAAGGAAAAAUAUUUGAGAAGUUCCCUAGACUUGAAAAUAAAACCUUCCAAUCAAUAGAUAAUAUUAAUACACAUAAUGAAUAUUAUCAACCACAACAAAAAAAUUUCUCCUCGGUGGAUUCAUUGGUUUUACCAAAUAUGCUGUUUCAGAUGACUAUUAAUCAGCACCAUGGUAUCAAGGUCAAGGGAUUAGAUGAUCUUAAAAAUAUACUUGAUAUCACAAAGGAAAUCAAAUUUUACUUUGUUAUGCCACCAGGAUGUUUUGAUGGAAUGAAAAAGCAACCAUUUCAUGCCAGAAAAGGGGAAGAUUAA